UUCUCGCGACCGGACUCCGGGAACGCCGCUCCUCCCCCUCAAGGGCUUACAACAAAAGAAAGAAGAGAGGGAUUGGAGGGACAACCAGACCAGAGAAAAGAACCAAUAGACUUCUUUUCCUUUGCGCAUGCUUGUUGGGAAGGACCAGGGCUGAACGGGAGAUUAAAUCCAGUUCUCCAUAGUUUAGCGGUGGCUGAGACCAUCGCUAAAAUAGAACCGCUCAGGAAAACGAACGCGAAGAAAGGGCGGCCUGGGGCUGGGCUAAAAAGCUGCUGAUAAAAUACGGAAAGAUGGAGCCAGCCUCUGGAGGCGAUGGCGCGGCUUUGGACAUGCGCAGUAGGCUUUCGACGGGUUCGGGUCCCGGGGUCGGAGGGUCGGGCAGCGAGUCCAAGGGACUCGCUUGCUCCAGUGUCAUGUCGUCCCUAGGGGACUGUGAGUUCCUAGUGCAGCGAGCCCGGGAGCUGGUGCAGCAAGACCUGUGGGCGGCCAAGGCCUGGCUGAUCACCGCGCGCAGCCUCUACCCGGCCGACUUCAAUAUCCAGUAUGAGAUGUAUAUCAUUGAACGGAAUGCAGAGCGGACGGCUUCAGCUGGAAGGCUCCUGUAUGACAUGUUUGUGAAUUUCCCAGACCAACCAGUGGUAUGGAGAGAAAUAAGUGUCAUCACUUCUGCAUUAAGGAAUGAUUCCCAGGAUAAACAAACUCAAUUUUUAAGAGGUCUGUUUGAAACCCUUCCUGGUCGGGUACAAUGUGAGAUGUUACUAAAGGCCACAGAACAAUGCUUUAAUACAUUGGAGCGAGCAGAAAUGUUACUUCUGCUUUUGAGGCGUUUCCCUGAAACAGUUGUACAACAUGGGGUUGGCCUUGGGGAAACAUUGUUGGAAGCUGAAAAUAUUGAUGAACAAGAAUCCCCUGUCAACUGCUUUAGAAAAUUAUUUGUUUGUGAUGUCCUUCCUCUAAUAAUUAAUAACCCUGAUGUUAGGUUACCUGCCAGCUUAUUAUAUAAAUAUUUGAACAAAGCAGCUGAAUUUUAUAUUAAUUAUGUCACUAGGUCUACCCAGACAGAAAAUCAGCAUCAAGGAGCUCAAGAUACACCUGAUCUCAUGUCCCCAAGCAAGCGUAGCUCUCAGAAGUACAUUAUAGAUGGCCUGACUGAAAAGUCAUCCCAGAUUGUAGACCCUUGGGAGAGAUUGUUCAAAAUUCUGUCUGUCAUAGGAAUGAGAUGUGAAUGGCAGAUGGAUAAAGGAAGACGAAACCUUGGUGAUAUUUUGCAUAGGAUGAAAGACCUCUGCAGAUACAUGAAUAAUUUUGACACUGAAACUCACACGAAGUAUAAAAAUCAAAUAGUGUACUCUACAAUGCUGGUCUUCUUUAAGAACGCAUACCAGUAUGUCAGUAGCAUACAGCCAUCUCUGUUCCAAGGUCCUAAUACUCCCAGUCAAGUUCCUUUGGUUCUUCUCGAGGAUGUAUCAAACGUGUAUGGUGAUGUAGAAAUAGAUCGUAACAAACACAUACAUAAAAAGAGGAAACUUGCAGAAGGAAGAGAAAAAACUAUGCAGAGUUCUGAUGAUGAAGAAUGUUCAGGGAAAGGAAGAAGCCGGCACAUUGUAGUUAAUAAAGCAGAACUUGUCAAUUCAGUUGAAGUCCUGGAAAGCUUCAAAUUGGCACGGGAUAGCUGGGAGCUGCUCUAUUCCCUAGAUUUCCUUGACAAGGAAUUUACAAGAAUAUGUUUAGCAUGGAAAACAGAUACCUGGCUUUGGCUACGAAUCUUUCUCACUGACAUGAUUAUCUAUCAGGGGCAGUAUAAAAAGGCAAUAGCCAGCCUACAUCACUUAGCCGCUCUUCAGGGAUCGCAUCCUCAACAGCAGAUUACUGGACAAGGAACACUAGAGCAUCAGAGAGCACUCAUCCAGUUAGCAACUUGUCACUUUGCUCUUGGGGAGUACAGAUUGACAUGUGAAAAAAUUCUGGAUCUUAUGUGCUACAUGGUACUUCCCAUUCAAGAUGGAGGAAAACCUCAUGAGGAACCUUCUAAAGUAAAAUCCAAGUUUAGAAAAGGAUCAGAUUUGAAACUUCUGCCUUGUACUAAUAAGGCUAUCAUGCCCUAUUGUCUCCAUUUAAUGUUAGCCUGUUUUAAGCUAAGAGCUUUCACAGAUAACAGGGAUGAUAUGGCUCUGGGUCAUGUGAUCGUGUUGCUUCAGCAGGAGUGGCCACGUGGAGAGAACCUGUUUUUGAAAGCUGUCAAUAAAAUUUGUCAGCAAGGCAACUUUCAGUAUGAGAAUUUUUUCAACUAUGUUACAAAUAUAGACAUGCUGGAGGAAUUUGCCUAUUUGAGGACCCAGGAAGGUGGCAAAAUUCAUUUGGAAUUACUUCCCAAUCAAGGAAUGCUAAUCAAGCCUUCUAGCCCUCCCAUGGGGUUACUGCAGCAGGAAUUCAUACCUGUACUACAGCCCAGCAUACAGACUGCUGACAGGCACCACACAGUUACCAGGGGUAUCACCAAAGGUGUAAAAGAAGAUUUCCGCCUGGCUAUGGAGCGCCAGGUAUCCCGCUGUGGCGAGAAUUUGAUGGUCGUACUCCAUAGGUUCUGCAUUAAUGAGAAAAUCUUGCUGCUUCAGGCUCUGGCCUAAAUGAAGUGAUCCCCAUGAGCACAGUUUUCUUUACUAGAAGUUGUGAUCAAUAACAGUGUGGCUUUAUGACUCUAAAAAGAAAUUAUCUGAAUGAUAACUUUAGUUGCUUUUAAUGUAGAAUACAAAAGUCUAAGAAGGUAUUUCUAUUUUUAAAUAUAAUUUUUUGUAACUUUUAUAAGCGGAGAGUGAAAUCAUUUUGUAAAUAAAAG